GUAUGGACAAGCAAAAAAGCACGGUACUGGGUACCUCUGAUUCAAAUUGUUCCUGGAUUGUUGCUGGCCGCCCCGAUGUUUGUGGUGAAGUAUGAAUGGAUUGUGGAAGGAAGAUCGCUUUUCAUUGUGUUCAUCAACUGCAAAUUCAAGGAGAAUUAUUUUCUGGCGGCUUAUGCGAUAAACACUACUUAUAUACUGAUUCUGAUUGCAAGCCAUAUUGUUUCUGUGACAAUUUUGCUGAAACUUCGUGCGCACCAAGGACCACGACAGACUACGGCUUGGGCACUCAGGAAUCGCUACAGGCGUAAAAUGGAGGACCGCCGGCUAUUUGCGCACUCGUUUGCAGUUUGCGCCAUUGAUUUCACUUACUUCUUAUUCGUGAUCUGGGGUUUUAUCGACACAGAUAUGUCGACUUCGACCUUCUUCUUUUACUACAACACAAUGAACAAUAUCUACUGUUGCUCCACACCGUAUAUGGCAAUCAUCUUUUCGGAACACAUUCGUGAACACUGUAAAAUUCUUCUUGGGUAUGAUAUUCGAGCGCUACUUCAUAAUUUGCUUGCAUGUUUAUUUUCUAUCAGUUGGAUCCGUGCUGUUUUUCGCUUUUCUCCAACCACUUAA